CGCAUCGCUCCGUUCCAACUCUCUCUCCCUCUCUCGACACUGCCCAUCGCAGCACGAUUCUUCGCCGCCGCCGCCGCCGCCGUGCUCCUAUUCCACUUCUCCCCGUUCGUCUCCUAUCACCGAGAUCAUUGCCGCCUCGCUGCUCUCCCGUCGAGCUCGCCCCUCGCCGUUGCUGGGAGGAGAUUGUUGGCCGUCUGAUUGUAUCGCCGCCGCCGCCGCCGCCGCCGUGCUCCUAUUCCACUUCUCCCCGUUCGUCUCCUAUCACCGAGAUCGUUGCCGCCUCGCUGCUCUCCCGUCGAGCUCGCCCCUCGCCGUUGCUGGGAGGAGAUUGUUGGCCGUCUGAUUGUAUCGACGCCGACGAGUUCGGUGAGCACCAGGUCAUUCUACACCGUCACCGGCGCCGCCUCCUUGCGAGAUCCCCACCACGCUGCUGUUACUGCACGCGUGACGAUGGUACUCUGUGGUGAUGUAGGAGGGCAGCAGGGCAGGCAGGGCAGCAGCCUCGACGCCACAGAUACAUGUGGAGAUAGAGAGAGGUAGAUUGAUCCUCCCCUGUUCCCCGUCGCCGUUCGCCGCCCCUGAGCACUACGCGGCUCGCCAGAUCAUGCGCUGCCCCUGAGCAGCGCGCAGCUCGCCGGACUGAUUCGUGCCACCCCCGCCGAACUGAGAUCCGCCUCUGCAGCGUGUGUGUAUGAUGUUGUUGGGUCGUUGACAUGGCCCGUGGUCCGGUUGCGACUCAUGCUCAAGGCACGGUCGAGGCUGGUGUUGGGCGUUCUGCUGGUCAUGGCCGUGGACGUGGGCGUUUUGCUGGUCUUCGUGGACGAGCCACUGGCCAGGGAGGUUCUAAUAUAGGGCGUGCCCCUGUUUCUGAUCAUGUCGCUGCUUGCCGGGUGCCUGACGCUGGAGCUGAGCCUCUUGACAGGCGUAGGGGUGUGAGUCGGCGGGUGCCUGCUGCUGGAGCUGAGCCUAUCGCCAGGCGUGGGCGUGGUGCUCGGCAGGUGCCUACCGCUGGGCGUGGCGCCAUGCCUCGGCCAAGUGGUAGGGGUGUUCGUGGCCGUGUCCCUGGCCGUGGUGCUGAUUCUGGGAAUGCAGCCGCUACUGUUGUCCCUGGUCCUGGGUUCACCGCCGCUCCUAGGCGUGCGGCGGUCCCUAGGAUUGCUAGACGUUACGUGCCACGUCAGCCUGUUGGGUGUCCUCCUCGAAGCCGUACAAGUGAUGGCUGGUUCCCUUUUCUGAGCUCGACCGUGGCUGCGGUAAAUCGCAGAAAACGGAAAAUGUGCGUUGAGUUUCGGCGCGCUCGAUAUGAAGAACAUGUCAUUGAUGGGCCUUUGCCGAAGGAUUGGCAUGGUUUCUCGGUUUAUGUGAGUUCGGAGUGACCGGGGUAGACCGCAACAGACGGAAACGAUGGAAAGUGUCAAUUAAAUUGCGACGUCCUGGAUGUGAAGAGAUUGUUGUCCAAGGGCCUGUGCCGAAGGAUUGGCAAGGUUUCUCGGUCAAGUUUGCCGAGUCCCUUAAAGCUUGCUAUGCAGAUAGGUCGUACUAUGGCCCUCUGGAUUUCUUGUGCCAAUACUGUGGUGCCUCCUUUUGGUUUGCUGAGUGUUCAAAGUCUAGGUCAUCCUGGACACAACGUAAGAUGGUUUAUAAUCGCUGUGUAAAGGCGCUAAGGUAUAUAUUCCUCCCUUUAAGGAUCCCCCAGUCUAUCUUCGGAAGCUCCUUCGAUUCGAUGGUACUUCUCGUGCUAAAAAAUUCAUCCGGGACUAUACGUGAGUACAACUGUAUGUUCGCUUUCACUUCGAUGGGUGCUACUAUUGAACGCUCGUUUGGUAGCAGCCGUGGACCUAAGAUUUUUAAGAUCAGUGGUCAAGUGUCUCAUUGUACUGGUUCGUUGGUGCCUAGCGGUGAUGAUACCCCUAAGUUUGCUGAGUUGUAUAUACAUGACCCAGCUAAUGAGAUUAGACAUAGGAUGAAUGCCUUAAAUCCAGAUGAUAAGCCUACUGGAGGUGUGGAUGAGAGUAUUGUGGUUGGUCUUAGAGACAUGCUUAAUGAGUUUAACCUAUUGGUACAGACCUUUCGGGAGGCGAGUAAGAUGAUAGAGGAUCGUGGUGAUGAACCCAUCGAGGAUAUCUCGAUUCGUAUUAUUGGACCUUCUGAGGGCGAUAGUCCACAAUUUAGUUUGCCUACAACCACUGGGCUUGCUGCUUUAGUUGUCGGUGGUGGCUUCACGUUAGAGGCAUCUUCUCGUGAUAUUUUUGUUUGCAGUCGUUCCGACGGUUUGUAGCAGAUAUCUUCUCUAAACACUGCAUUCAUGCCUCUGCAAUACCCGUUGCUUUUCCCUUAUGGAGAGAGAGGGUUCCAGGUGGAUGUUCCUCACUUGAUUGUUCCUGAAGAAGAUGAUGACGAUGGACCUAUAGAUCCUAAUCCUACACCUGGAAGUCCGGCCAUUGAGGCGCCCUCUUCAUACCCUUCUAGGGGUGGUGAUGCUUCCACAAAUAGUCGGAAUAGGAUGACCAUGCAGGAUUACUAUCGUUUUAUGUGCCAUUACAAGGGUGAUCAGCCCAAUCCAUAUAUAUGUUAUGGUCUCCUCUCUUCUCAGUCGGUUGUUGAUGCACGCGCGUGCAUCGAUGAAAGUAGAUUGUGGUAUAUCAUAAGAAAUCAGGACAUGCUUAGAUCAGAGCACAUGCAGGGUAUUACUGAUGCGGUAGGUGAUGGGUGUGUUGAUGGUGAUGCUCUUGGGAAGAGGACCAUUGUACCUUCCAGUCACAUAGGCGGUCGUCGUUACUUCCAUGAAAAUUUUCAUGAUGGCCUUGCCGUUUGUCGGGUGCACGGUGCGCCUGACAUAUUUACCACUUUCACUUGCAAUCCCAAGUGGCCUGAGAUCACCAGUGCAUUGGAACCAGGUCAGACGCCUUCUGAUAGGGCGGAUAUUGUUGUUAGGGUCUAUCACAUGAAGCUCACCGAGUACUUGGACGAGAUUAAGUCAGGCCGGGCUUUUGGCCCCAUUACGGCUGUGUUGUAUACCGUUGAGUUCCAGAAGCGGGGACUGCCUCACGCGCAUAUACUUGUCUGGCGAGAGGGGGUAACGAUGGCGAUGACUAAUCUGCAGGCUCUUGUUGUGGGGAACAAGAACCUGACCAUCCAUGUGUAUGUUUCGCGUCUGUGGCAGCAUUGUGGAUCCACUGAUAACAGUCCUAUCAAAGACACUGACAUGGUCCUUUUGGAUGUGGCAAACAUCUAUUCUGAGAUUGGUGAGAAGCUUGUGCCUAAGUUCAAUUGAGGCAACCACAUCCAUGUUGUUUCUUGGCAUGAGCAACCACAUCUAUGCUGAUAUUGGCUCCUGGGCUCCUUUAUAGGUCUCUUACUGUGAAGCUUGUGGUUGGCAUGCCUUUCAAGCAUUCAAUUUUUAUGAGGGUGGAGUUGGAGAAGGUGGGGCGUCAGAGCAGAGCUAAUUGCAGCGUCCACGACCUCCUUGGGCAUGGCCAAUCCCGCCAGAUCACUGUUCAAGAUAUCUUCCGAUAUGCCGAUAAAUCGGCCGAUUUAUCGCUUACCGUUGUCAGACUGAUAAGAUAAAUCGGCCGAUAAAUCUGCCGAUAUGGUGAUAAAUCGGCCGAUAUGCCGAUAAACUGGCCGAUUUACCCCUUAUCAUGGGUCGACCGAUAAGUUCCCGACAAGCGAUAUCCCCAACAUUGCCAGAUUGACCAGGUUGCGGGGUUUGGUCAGCAGUGUGUGUGGCCAGUGGUUGGAGCACACUGAAGUGGAGGAGCAGUGUCAUUGUCGACCAUGGAUUCAGUGUGUAGCAGAUCUUGAGAGUUCUGUCAGGAUAGGGAGAGACAAUGAGGCAAAAGGCAAAUGUACAUGCUCCUUAUUACUUAUCAGAAAUAUUUUCCUGUUGAGAUCGGCCACUGAUGACACGAGUCUGCUACCCUGCUCCUGUGAAGGUAACCGAAGGCCUGCGCCUCCCAUCAGCUUGGAUAUCCUCUCUCAGCUUGCACCUCUUCAUGCUUUAUGAGAAGGUGAACCGCUCUAUCAAUGACGAUGAACUCAUCCAAUUGCACUGUAUUGGGAACAGUUUUACCAUCCGAGGAUACAUCCAAAGUACAGGUGAAUUAGACAUUUCCCUGUGCGAGAUCAAAUGACUUGAGCUUUACAUUGGUUCAACUGUCCCUGUCAUCAAAUAUUAUGUUUGCAAGAUGAACAAGACCUUUGUCACUCUUGGACUGAGGAUGUACUUCUGUCGCUUCACAAAAAAUGCAUCUAAAGCACCAUCUCAAUGACCGGUCGAGGACGUGAUGGUUAGUCUCAGCACCGGAGAUGUUAUGAGACAGGUCUGGAUGAUGAUGGUUACGGACAAGAGACAAACGAUAACAACAAUUGGUCAGACUUUGUCAAAGAGGCAGGGACUAGAGAGUAUUAGAUAUGUGUCUUUGCCUUCAAAAUUGAAAAUGGGAAACCAUUGCUCACCGUCCAUAAGCUUUGAAAGGCUAAGGUACAAAAUCGCAUGUGCAAUGUCUACACACAAAUCGUUCUAUGAAAUGUAUCUAACAGAUUGCCUGCAUCAGGUUAAUGUGCCCUGUGAAGUUUUUUUUUUUUGAGGGAUAAUGUGCCCUGUGAAGUUGAUCGAGAAGGCAACCGUGUGGUCUCAAGAACCUUGUGGUCAAGUGGUUACCGUAAAUACUCUCUCAUGUUCACGUU